AUACUUUAUAUGUUUACUACUUAGUCUUUGAGAGUUUCUCUCAGCUUGAGCAUCUUUGGACUUUCUCUCCAUCCUUCAAUAGUCCAUAUGUGCGUACAUAGACAGCCCCCCCUGACUAGGGACCCAGCUCCAGCAUGAGAGCUUAUGUAAGGAGUUUUUAGUAGUUUCCUGGUUGCUGUGAGCCUGACUCGACUCACAUUGCCAGACACUCACGGGUCCAGUCAGUCAGUAAGCCAGUAGGAAAAACAGCUCAUCAGAUAAACGGAUAGCGACAGAGACAAAGGUGAACAAGAAGCUAGGUUCUGCCUUACAGCUUUUGAGGCAGACUUUUUCAACUAGAGGAAGUGUUAGUGAGUUUGGGAGCAGACAGAGGUAGUCGGACUUGGACCACCUAUUUCCUCGCCAUCAGAACAGGGGAACAGAGAGAGACUACUCAGAGGAGGGGCAAACGGGUACCACCGCACGCCCUCUACAAGCUUUCUGGACACCCCACACCCCACACACCACUCACGGCGACUCUAAGCAUGCUGCUUCUGGAAGAGUCUGAGACCUUUGCAGACCAGCCUCAUAGUGCUCCCUUCAGCUCGGAGAAUGAAGCGCAGGGAGGGGACUCUGCGGGAUGGCAGUGCAUCACCCCAUCUACCUCACCCUCGGGGGAGACGCUGUCCCACCCCUCUGCGCAGCCCCCCUCUCGACCGUCCUCACGGCCCGAGAGCCAAACACCCUCGCGGUCCCUGAGUGAAACCAAAAAGAGGUCCCACUCCCACUCCAACAAACCCGCACACAUGAGGAGGAACAUCAGAAAGCUAUUGAGGGAGCACCAGUUGGAGGUGGUGACCAAAGCUGCCCAGCAGGAGGAGCUGGAGAGGCGGGAGAGGCUGGAACAGCAGAGGAAGGAAGGGCACUUCCCCGUGCCCCUGCUACCCGAGUACACACCAGGAGAUCUGUCUCAGAGUCUGUCUGCUAGCGUGGCCGAACGGGACCAUGUGAUCUGCCUGGACACCAUUUACAGCAGCACUAAUGUCAGCGAGGACGACUCCAAGGCUCUGAUCACAGAAGCACAUGCCCCAAAAGAAGAUGUGAUCGAGCUGAGCUCCGACGAGGACGACGCCCUCCAGAUUAGCAGCGAGUCCACCAAUGAGGUGGAGAACCGGUCGGCGGCGACCGGCGCCCACACCAACGACGCUGUGAACCAACCGGACGCCCAGGGGCGUGUCUUGGUCAACCUGAACCACCCAGCCGAGGAGGCAGACGUGUUCCUCUCCUCUCACCUGGCCCGGGCCGUCAAACCUCACCAGAUCGGUGGGAUCCGGUUCCUCUAUGAUAACCUGAUUGAGUCUCUGGAGCGCUAUGGGAGCAGCAGUGGCUUUGGCUGUAUCCUGGCCCACAGCAUGGGCCUUGGCAAGACCCUGCAGGUCAUCUCCUUCAUAGACAUCGUGCUCAGACACACCCAGGCCCACACCGUGCUCGCCAUCGUGCCUGUCAACACGUUACAGAACUGGCUGGCCGAAUUUAACCUCUGGCUCCCGACAUCUGAGGCGCUACCUGUGGACGUGGACCCGACCCAGGUCUCCCCGCGCACCUUCAAGGUCCACAUCCUGAACGACGAGCACAAAACCAUGACCACUAGAGCGAAGGUGAUCUCUGACUGGUCGCGGGACGGCGGUGUGCUCCUGAUGGGAUAUGAGAUGUACCGCCUGCUGUCCCUGAAGAAGAGCUUUGUGGCGGGCCGGAAGAAGUCCAAGAAGGCCCAAGGACCGGUGGUCAUCGACCUGGAUGAAGAAGACCGGCAUCAGGAGCUCCUCAAAGGCAUAGAGAAGGCCCUGUCUCGCCCCGGCCCGGACGUGGUGAUCUGUGACGAGGGCCACCGCAUUAAGAACUGCCACGCCAGCACCUCACAGGCCCUGAAGAACAUCCAUACCCGGCGGCGAGUGGUCCUAACGGGCUACCCCCUCCAGAACAACCUGAUAGAGUACUGGUGCAUGGUGGACUUUGUCAGGCCUGAUUUCCUAGGUACCAGGCAGGAGUUCAGUAACAUGUUUGAGAGGCCCAUUCUGAACGGGCAGUGUGUGGACAGCACACCGCAGGACGUCCAACUGAUGAGAUACCGAAGUCAUGUCCUCCAUAGCCUGCUGGAGGGCUUUGUCCAGAGGCGUGGUCAUGACGUGUUGAGAGACCAGCUCCCCUCCAAGGAUGAGCAUGUGAUACUGGUGCGACUGUCACCACUGCAGAGGGCCCUCUACACAGAGUUUAUGAACCGCUUCAGAGAGGCAGGCAACAGCGGCUGGCUCAGCCUCAACCCACUCAAGGCCUUCUGCGUCUGCUGCAAGAUCUGGAACCACACAGACGUGCUGUACGAGGCACUGCAGAAGGAGAAUCUGGCCAAUGAGCAGGACCUGGAACUGGAUGACAUCACCAACAGCCACGCCCGUUGCCCCGCCCCCAACCAGAAGGGCAAGACUCCGGAGGACCCCAACAGCAUCGGAGGGCUGAGUCUCAACGCUCUGCAGGAGAGGGCCAAUCAGGUCAUCACCUACGAAUGGGCGAAGGAGAUCAUGUCUGACUAUAAGCCAGGGGUUUUGGAGAACUCUGCUAAGAUGGUCCUGCUGUUCCACCUGAUCGACGAGAGCGUCAGGAAGGGAGACAAGAUCCUGGUCUUCAGCCAGAGUUUGUCCACCCUCUCGGUCAUUGAGGAGUUCCUGGCCAAGAGGCCCAUACCGGCGGGCAGCGCCAGAGACGGCCACAACCAAAACUGGCUCCGCAAUCACAACUACUACAGACUGGAUGGGAGCACGUCUGCCUCAGAGAGAGAGAGACUCAUCAACCAGUUCAACGACCCAUCCAACACCUCCACCUUGGUCUUUCUGCUGUCCACCAGGGCUGGCUGUCUGGGGGUGAACCUGAUCGGGGCUAACCGCGUGGUGGUUUUCGAUGCCUCCUGGAACCCCUGUCACGACGCCCAGGCCGUGUGUAGAGUGUACCGCUACGGCCAGAAGAAACCCUGCCACAUCUACCGCCUGGUCUGUGACUUCACCCUGGAGAAGAAAAUCUAUGACCGACAGAUCUCCAAGCAGGGCAUGUCUGACCGAGUGGUGGAUGACCUGAACCCGAUGCUGUCGUUCACGCGGAGGGAGGUGGAGUCUCUUCUGCACUUUGUCGAGGAGGAGCCUGACGUGUCACAGGUGCAGCUGCAGCCCCACCAGGAGAUGGAGGCGAGCAUCAGACAGGCCUGCCAACUCUACCCUCACUUAGUCACCAAGCAACCCUUCCACCACGAGUCUCUCCUGAUUGACCGGCAGGAGAUGAAGCUCACCAAAGCCGAGAAGAAGGCUGCCAAAAAGAGCUACGAGGACGAGAAGCGUGCGUCGGUGCCCUACACGCGCCCCUCUUACGCCCACUAUUACCCAGCCAGCGACCAGAGCCUCACCAACAUCCCUGCCUUCAGCCAGCGCAACUGGCGCCCACCCCCUCGCCAAGAUGAGAAGCCGGUGGCCAGCGACCGCCCCGUUCAGUCAACUCCAGUUCCCAUGAUGCCUCGCCAGGCAUCUCAUGCCUCCACCCCCACAGCAGACUCUGACUCCAGCUCAGGCUUUCCCGUCAACUACCUGCAGAAGGCAGGCGUCUUCGUCCAGAAGAUAGUCACCACCACAGAUAUCGUGAUACCUGGAACCAACAGUUCAACUGAUGUCAAGGCCAGGAUCAGUGCAGGAGAGAGCAUCCACGUCAUUAGAGGAACCAAAGGGACCUACAUCAGGACCUGUGACGGGAGGAUCUUUGCCAUCCGCGCUGCAAGCAAGCUCAAGGCAGGGGAGGAGAACUCAGCCGUUGCACCCAAAGACACCCAGAAGGCAUCGGAGGAGGCCUCGACGAACGGCACCAGCGGCUGUGUGACUCGCCCGCUCUCCCCCGACAGCCCUGAGAUCCUGAGCGAGCUCCAGAGGUACACAGCUGCAGCCGGAAACAAGAUCCAGCAGCAGCAGGCCUCCAAGGCUCCGUCUGCAGGAGUCUUGGAGACAGCGCUGGCAGAGAGCACCAAUGGCAGCAGCAUGACCAGCCAUGCCAAGCCCUGGAGACACACCGCGGCCCAGCCAAACACAGACUCCACGGCCGCCCUGGACCUGAAGGCCACCAAGCGCAAAGCCUCCACCCCGUCUGCCGAUGAAUGGGCCAACAACAAGCAGCUGGCCCCCGGCAAGUGCACCUCGGCCCCGUUGCCCCCCCAGGCCUUACCCUUCGCAGGGGGCUAUGGCUUCCCGCCCAUGGGCCUCAACCCAGCCAUGAUGGGUUCCAUUGAGCAGCCCCUUUUCAUGGGGGCCGGCUCACCCUACUUCCAGCCCCACAGCCAGCUGGGUGACCCAUGUCUCAUGUUCCCCAUGACCUCUGACCCCUUCGGCCUGGGGGACGGCACCCUACCUAGCUCCUCCUCCAGGUCUUCCUCCUCCACCACUACCAGCUCCUUCUCGGCCUCCUCUGACUCUGCCUCCCUGGCUCCCUUCAUGCUGGGUGCUGGUAUGGCUGGCAUGCUGCCCCCAGGCUUCCCCAUGUCCUACGGCCAGUCCGUGGGUAUGUACCCUAGCUCGCUGCUCCCCGGGGGGCUCCCGGCUGCCACCCCAGGCCCUGCUGGCUCCAGCUUUCUCUCCCACUUCCCCUCCUCCGGCCUUAUGGGGGCGGGGCUGGGUCGCUCUGACACCCACGGCUCAGCAGAGAACGCCGGUAGCAGCUCAGACAGCAAAAACGACGAUGAUGAUGUCAUUGAGGUGAUGGAACAAUGAGAGCCUUGAGCCAUGUGGGUUAUAGGGGACAGUUAGUGGGUUGCUGGUGCGAGGAGAUCUGGAGAGGAAAGGAAGGGACAACCAAGCCCUAUCCACCUCCACUAGCCCUUUUCCCCAUCCCAAGUGCAACAUGCGCGCCUUUCAAAAAAAACGAGUCUGUAUUGGGAUAUAACACAAACUGGACAAAGCAACAAAUCCUUAUGCUGAAUAUCUUAUUUAAAAAGAAGAAAAGAGAAGAAAACUGAGCACCAGAGAGAACGUAGAAGAAAAAGAAAAUGGACUUGGGGGGCUUCCAAAAUGUUGUUCUGUACUGGCUUAUACAAAUCACUGAAGCGACUGCUGGGUUUGGACCUGCAGUGACCCUGAAUCGCCACCGAGGUGUACUGUUUGUUGAGAAGACUGGCUAAUUUGCUUGGUUGCAUUUUUCCAACAGUUAAUGAUAGACAAGGUUAAUAACUAACUGACAAUAGACUAGCGUUAAUAAGUCAAUUUGAUAGACAUAGUUGGUAGUAAUUAUGGUAUGGCACAAUAUCAGUUACAUGAUAUUGUUCUUGAUUGUCUUUAUUUGCUACUGAAUAUUAUUUUAUAUGGUAGUCCUACUCUAAAAAUGUCACAACUGUUUUUAAAAUCAAUUUGAUUUGCUGUUAUAUUUACUGCCAGGACAGAAGUGUUGUUUAGUUUUUUGAGAAAUGAGAUGAUAAUCAGAAAAUGGACUUGUCGAGACUGAAGUCAAAGAAACAGUUAGGCUCUUUGAUGGUGAAAAUGGAAAAGUAAGAACCUUCAACUCAAAGAAUCUACGCUUAUUUACGCCUUUAACGCAGAUCUUGGGGACAGGCAUCACUUUUGGGAAGAUCUGGUUUCCAUCUCUUAUGUCAUCUUCUACAUGUUUCUAAUUGAUUGCCUGUCUGUAGGUGAUGAUGUGAAAACUGUGCUCUUGCGAAGCGCCAACUGUCCAAAGGGACGGUGAAUUGAAAAUGCCUUGCCUCGGUCUCUGAAUGUUACCUAGUGGGAGUAGAGAAACCGCGAGACGGGCAGUCCUUGGACCUGGAUCUCAACCAUAGUCUUACUGUAGCUUUUCUAAGUGAUGCAAAUAUGACCCGUGACCACUCUGUGUCUGUCUCCUUCCCUGUCUGUUUCUGCAUUGUGUACCCAGGUGUUCUAGAGUAGAGAACCUCUGUCAUAAUGGCUCGCUCUGUCUGUGGAUGGCUUGAACACUCGUUUUCUGUUCCUUUGUUUCAUCUCUGGCAUAUGUGAUUUCAACUGAAAAACAGUGUUCAAGAGGUCAUUGUCAAACCAAAAUCAUUUGAGAGAAUUCAAAAAUAGCUUUGCCAAAAGAAAGUACAACUUAAAGCACUCUCUAGAGAGUGAUCAUUCUCUGAAGCGACCAAAUGUCACCGUCAACUGCUAUUGGCCUAAAGAAGAGGGUGUCUUUCGAAAAUGUGGUCACAGACUGUCAUUACAGACUUCGUUGUGAGCUCAUUGUAAAGAUGAUUCUGGAUUAGACUUAGACCACAUAUUCUGUUAAAUUCACUGUAUAACAAAGGUUAUAGUAUUCAACGUACCGGUACAUUGAUUUACUGAGGGGGGGAGUCAGGUGUGUGACCUGGUUCUGUUUAAUAAACAACAGAUCUUUUAAUUUCUGUUACUGCUGACUGUUACUGCCCCCCUCAUGACAUACAUAGACCUACUGUCUCAACCCAACACUUUGGGAAGAGGGAAGGCCAGCCCACCUCCUCCACCAAGUCCCUAGCCUUGAGUCUCUUCAGCAAGAGCUUUAAACUCCAGUUCUUGUGUUUAUUAUGAUACCCUGGCAUCAUCAGACUUGUUCUUCUUUUCAUUCAUACCAUACUUAAAGUACUUUUUUUUUUUUUGUUCAAAGUUUGAAUUUACCAAAUUAAUGUAUUUAUGACAGUGCAUAUUUAUUCAUUCAUAUUUUUAUUUUUUUUACUAUUUUGUUCUGUUUUUGUUUGUAAGGGGAAUUUUUAUGUUGAUUUUACUAGAACAUGUCAAUUCUUGUGUUCCAUGACUUGAGAAAUGUGAUAUUAGACAACUGACCCAAAGUGUGUGAAUUUCAGGACAACCAGUCACGGGCGGUCAAACCACUCAUUAGCAGAGAGAAAAUGUCAUCCAGUGCUUUUGUUCUUGUUCAUCUUCAUAUCAUCCAGAUGUUCAUUUUAAUCUAUAUAUCCUAAUGGAAAAUGAAAGCUAGUUCCCUCAGUAUUCAAUGUUUUCAGUUGUACCAACUGCUCUUUUUCAUAGCUUUCUACUUGAAUUUAAGUAUUUAUUUAUAAAUCGAUUCAGUCAGCAACAAGUGACUGUCAGUAAAUUCCAUUUAGUUAAAGGGAUACUUUGGGAAGUUAGAAGUAGUUUUGCGAGCCAAUGCUAACUAGCAUUGCCACAAUGACUGGAAGUCUAAGGGUAUGUGCUAGCAUGGUUAGCAAAGCCUGUACAGUACAUAGUUUGUGAAUGGACAUGUAACAAUGGAUGGCUUUAAGAUCUUUUUUUGAAGUUUGUAAAUAAAAUGUUUUGAAUCGCA